ACUAACACAAGUUUACAUUGGACGUUUGAAUUGAAAUGCACAACAGCUUCAGUUUGUUUUGAAUAUUUUUCGUUUCAGUUUUUCUUUUAUUAUUACAAUGUGCCUUUAGGUCAUUUAAAACGAUUUCAAAGUGGCCAGUGGAAAUGGAUGAAUCAGUUAAUUUGCUAGAAUUUUCAGCAGUAGAACCGGUUGCCGCGGCGGUGACAAAAGCCAAUGCAAUGGACAAUGAAAACGAGGGGCAACAGCAAUCGAAUUCAUCCGAUGAACCAAUCGAUGUGAGCACGGGACGAGAACUGCUGACAGAUGUUAAAAAAAACGAUUCUUACAGAGUUAUUCCGUUUUUCUAUCACAAAUUACCGAAAAGUACAGACAUUCUAGCGCAAAAACUACGAGAAGAAGCGCGUACGCUAUUCUUGCAAAAACGGAGCAAGGAAUUACUCGAUAAUAACGAGCUGAAAGCACUGUGGAAUAUUUUGCAGAAGAAUUACACACAACCGAGUAUAAACAACGAACAGUUCAUCAGUUAUGAUGACUAUUUGCGUGUCGUUAAAAUUGCCAGCGAAAAAUUCAAAAUCUAUUUGACAUCAUCGCUGUUUUUGCGUCUACAAGCCAUCAGUGGUUAUCCUGGACACGUUAAUAUAAUGUCACUCUUCAACUACACAAUGCGGAAAGUGUGGUUGCAACAAACGCGCAUUGGUUUAUCAUUGUAUGAUUACACUGGUCAAGGCUUCCUCAGAGAAUCGGAUCUUGAAUCGUAUAUUUUGGAAUUGAUACCUACGUUACCGCAGCUGGAAGGAUUGGAAAAAUCAUUUCAUAAUUUCUAUGUGUGCACAGCUGUACGGAAAUUCUUUUUUUUCCUGGAUUCACUUCGAACCGGACGGAUUCGUAUCAGGGAUGUGUUGGCUUGCAGUUUUCUCGAGGAUUUGCUCGAGUUGCGUGACGAAGAAACGCCAAAAGAUGCUCAGGAAACGAAUUGGUUUUCAGCACCGUCAGCCCUUAGCAUUUACGGUCAUUAUUUGAACCUGGAUAAGGACCACAAUGGAAUGCUGAGCAAACAAGAACUCAUCGGCUAUGGUUCGGGCACAUUAACCCGUGUAUUCUUAGACCGUUUGUUUGCUGAAUGCAUCACAUACGAUGGAGAGAUGGAUUAUAAAACGUACUUAGACUUUGUAUUAGCAUUAGAAAAUCGACAAGAGCCGCAGAGCUUGCAGUAUUUAUUCCGUAUUCUUGAUUUCGACCAUCAGGGAUAUUUGACUUCGUUCACAUUGAACUAUUUUUUCAAAGGUAUUCAAGAGCAAAUAGAGGCCCAUCGAGCUGAACCAGUGAAUUUCGAUGAUGUAAAAGAUGAAAUAUUCGACAUGAUCAAGCCAAAAGAUCCAACCAAAAUCACAUUGAAAGACAUAAUCGACAGUGGCCAAGGAGAGACAAUGGUUUCAAUUCUAAUCGAAUUUCAUCGAUUCUGGACGUACGAAAAUCGAGAGGCAAUGGUUGUUGAUUCAAACAUUGAAGAACAUCAAUCCAUACUUUGAUCAUAUUCCAUUGUACAUUUACAUACGCUAACUGUAAUAAUAAUAAAGUGUUGGUUGUUUGGACGAAAUGAACGAAAAAAAAAUAUAAUACACAACA